GCCGCGUGCUGUUAUCGGGCUACACGGAUGGGUGCCCCACAUGUAGGAGCAAAAAUCAACCCGAUAUCUGACGGCAAAUCACCAUUUUUAAUGACUGGAUGUGUCGGUGAAAAGCUACACAAACCUUUGUACUCAGAUAUAGUUCUGAACAAUACCAUUGGGCGCAUGCUUAGAAAUCGUGGAUAAUUUGGUAGAAAUUGCUCUGAGACCAUGAGUUGCAGAUGGGGGACGGAGCUGUGGGACCAGUUUGACAACUUGGAAAAACACACCCACUGGGGCAUUGAGUUUGUGGAGAAGUAUACAAAAUUUGUCAAAGAGAGAUCUGAAAUUGAAAUCAGCUAUGCAAAGCAAAUCAGAAAUCUAUCGAAAAAAUAUCAGCCCAAGAAAAACUCAAGAGAGGAAGAUGAAUACAAGUACACGUCCUGUCGGGCUUUCCUGAUGACCCUGAACGAGCUGAACGACUAUGCGGGACAACACGAAGUCAUGGCUGAGGAUCUCACCACUCACAUCAUCUGUGAGCUGACGCGAUACAUCCAGGAGUUAAAAGCAGAGAGGAAAUCGCAUUUCCAUGAUGGCCGCAGAGCUCAGCAACACAUUGAGAAUUCUUGGAAACAACUAGAAUCCAGUAAACGGAGAUUUGAGAGAGACUGUAAGGAGGCGGAUAGAGCCCAGCAGUACUUCGACAAGAUAGAUGCUGACAUCAACGUGACUAAAGCAGAUGUCGAAAAGCGGUGCUAUCUCAAGGCCAGACAUCAGGCCCAGAUGAAACACCAAGUGGCAGAGGACAGCAAGAAUGAAUACCUCACCUUCCUGCAGAAGUUCAACAAAGAGCAGAAUGCACAUUAUCAUACCCUCAUACCUCACAUCUUUCAGAAACUACAGGAGAUGGAAGAAAAACGUAUAGAGAGAGUGGGAGAGUCUAUGAAGACUUACGCAGAGGUCGAUCGGAAAGUGCUACCUAUUGUUGGCAAAUGUUUAGAUGGUAUGACCAAAGCAGCAGAAUCCAUAGAGCCAAAAAUGGACACCAAGCAUGUGGUGGAAUCCUACAAGUCUGGCUUCGAGCCACCCGGCGACGUAGAGGUUGAGGACUAUAGUCUGUCUAUGAGGCGGACAGUGUCAGAGUCCAGCUAUCUAAACUCGCAAGGGGAGAGCAAGCCCAGCCGCAGCAACAGCAGGGGAAAACUGUGGCCUUUCAUCAAGAGAAACAAGCUUAUGUCUUUGUUAGCUUCCCCACGCCAACCACCCCCUCCCCCCCCUACCUCCCCAUCACCUGCUGCCGUGCCCAACGGCCCCCAGUCUCCCCAGCAACCCAGUGAGCCCCUCUCCCACCGCCUCAACGAGUUCAUGACCUCCAAACAUAAAAUGCAAUGCUUAAGGAGUCUGAAGCGUGGGCUUUCUCUCAAGCUGGGUUCUGGCCCUGAAGAUUGUAGUCACCUGCCUCCUGAACAGAGGAGGAAGAAGCUCCAGGCCAAAAUCAAUGACAUCAACAAGGAAAUACAAAAAGAGAUGGAUCAGAGGGAGGCUCUGUCUAAAAUGAAGGACGUGUACAUAAAGAACCCACACAUGGGGGACGCCAACAGUGUGGACCCACGAUUAGAGGAGAUCUGCCAAAAUACUGACAAGUUACAACUGGAUGCAAGGAAAUAUGAAGCCUGGCUGUUAGAGGUGGAGACCAGGUUAGCAGAGAAGAGUGACAAACACAGACCACCAAGUGGAUUGUACAACUCCCAGACUACUACAACAGUGAACAACAACUGUGCACAUGUCAACCGAGAGAGCCCGGACGGAAGCUACACAGAGGAUCAUAGCACAGAGCAUCACCUCAAAUCUCGGAGCACCGACUUUGAUGACGACUUUGAUUACGAGGACCCACUCCCCACUAUCGGAACCUGCAAAUCACUCUACCCUUUCGAAGGUCAGAACGAAGGCACCAUUUCCAUGACCGAGGGGGAGCUGCUGUAUGUCAUCGAGGAGGAUAAGGGUGACGGGUGGACGCGGGUGCGCAGGAACGAGGAUGAAGAGGGAUACGUACCCACAUCUUACAUCAAGGUCUUUUUCGACACAAAUGCCAAAGGUGCUAUGACAUACAUAUAAUUGUCAUUGUUUGAGAGAGGGGAAAUGGGUGGAGCAGCAAAAACAAAUAUCCUGACAUUUCAAACCCCCUGAACUCUGGUGUUUCAGAAAUAUCACAGAACCAUUUGAGACGGAACUCUCAGAACAACGGACUGUAUUUACAUUUAUACUUUAUGCUUUUUACGUUCUACCAUUUUGCACCCGUUGAAACUGAUUUUGGAAAAGUGUUUGUUUGUGUGUAUGAAGACGUGUGGAUGUGAUAAGUUGUCAGAACCAAGUUAAGUUGUCUCGACCCCACUGUCGAUAUCAGCUACGCCUUGCUUCUAGCACUAAUAAUAAUAACCAAUGUCAAUUUAUUGAUUUAUUUGACCAACAAAAUACAGUUUCUCAUAUUAGAGAGCAUUGCAUCUAAACAUAUCAAUUCCUAUUUGGAAUAGCUAUUAUUGCAUGCCUAAAGGGAGGUUCGUUAUGCUCUGCCAGCCUGCACUGCAUUGCAUUAACAGUACAUCGCAAAUCUGCACUUGAGCAACCAUCAUUGGCAGGAGAUUACUGAGAGAUUGCCUCUCUGCUUCACAAAUUAAAUCAGUUGUUGCAUGUGGCAUGUUUCAAAGAGGACAUGCCUGUUUACACAGCAAAGGUAAAGAACAUGGCUUGCAUGUUAUCUUGAUUAGGAUGGUACAACAGACUAGUAACAUAUUCUCUUCUACAAACGGUUGUUGACUCUCCUCCAAAAUCUGACGAAGGGGCUUCAUUGAAGCGCCUAAAUGACUGAAUGUUGUGCGAGGUUUACAGUGGUGUUCUCGACAGACAAACGUUCAUUUCAUUCUGAGACACAUGGUAACGCACCCACUACCAUUCUAUCAUUGGCAUGUGAUUAAUCUUUUUUUUUUUAGAAUGAAUAAUAUAUCCCUGCUUUGCUUUUUUUAUUUGAUACGGAGUUGUUCUGCAUGCUUGAGCCAAUUGAUAAGUCAAAGUAAGUCAAAUCAGACAUAGUAUUGCAACCAGGUGAUAUUCCUCUGUUUGGAAAAUGUUUAACACAUGUAGCCUCAAGUUUUCUGUACGUUGAUUUGCCAUUGACGGUCAGAAACCUGCUCUCGUGCAGCACAGACUCAACUCUAGGGAAACGUAAUCUGCCACCAUCAUUUUCAGAAUGUGAAGGAAUGUCAUGGAAUGACUUUCCUCGUGUCUUGAUGCAUCACCUCUAACAUGUCGUGUCAUUUUUGUUUGUUUGCUUUUUUUGUUUGCUUUUUUUCUUAUUGCAGAUUCCUAAAAGUCUUUGGCUCGCACAGGGAUGGCAGGGCACAGGUCCUUCAAAAAGUGCCCUCUUCUUAAAACUGUAGUCAGAGAGACGACAGACUAAAGGGACAAGUUGCAAGGCAGUCCAGUUUGCGACCCAGUACAGGAAUCCAUUGUGGGGUUCUGUUGAAUGGAGCAAAAACAACACACAUUGCGGGGCAACCACCAUUUCUAGUCAUUUUCCUAUUGAUUGUUUCUGCAAGCUUGCUUGUUGUUUUUCUAACUGCAGAUGAGUAUGUUCAUGUUGUGGCUGCUUGCUAUUCUACUGUACCUUGAGCCCAGGGGCGGUACCUGUUUAAGGGGAGGGGGGAGUCUGAGACGGCCUUGUUACAUAUUGACUAUUCCAAACCUGCCUUCAAGCUAUCAUCACAACAAACACUACAACUUAGGAAAAUACCCAUGGAAAACACCACUACACUUGGGCUGGAAUUGAAUUGCUUAAUCCCCAUGGCAAAGCCACUGUGUCUGCGCCACACAAAAACAUGUUUACAGUAAUGUCAAUUAGAUAACAGUCCAAGUCUUUCUUAGCACUGGAACAAUGUUGCUGAUUUUCCAGGGGAAUUCAAUUCCAGCUCUUAUUCAACACAGUAAUGCCUCACGAUUACUGUACACACCCAUGUUUCUAUUUAGGGGUAUAUAGGUUAUAUACCGAUCAUACUUAAAUGACACCGAUUGUUGGCUUGCAACAAAUCUGCACACAUUUGUUUUGGCACCAAAUUUACCUUUGAGUUUUAGUUGGAAACUUUGACAAAUGAGUGCAUUGUGUUAUAGUCUAACUCAAGCACUCAGUGCAGGUCUACUGGUAAGCAUACAAUCUGAGCGGAGAUGACGGAUCUCUCAUUUUGCUUUCUCCUAUUGCCUUUCAAUAUGAGUGACAGCUGCUCUCUCUGGCUACACCGCCAUACAUGCAGUAACUAUGGUGAUUGUCUCACAACUCUUUGUCCGUCUCUCACACUUUGCUUUUCCUUUUCUCUCUCUUUCUGGCUACUUGUGGUGGCGGAAGCUACUCUUCGGUUGGCGCUGUGUUUCUCUACGCAUGCAUGCUCGCCCUGUCAUGCCUGUGCCAGUCCUAUCGGGAGUCUGACUAUCUAUUACGUUAACUCAUCACUUAUGGGGUCCUGCCUUGGUCCUUUCUUACCCUGUGUUUGUGCCUGUGGUUUUGUCAUUUUAACAAAACGUGUUUGUGAUUUCUUUUGUCAAUGCAAGCAUGACCAUUUUGCUUCCUCAAGGAAUUAUUGAUAUGUCCAUGCAGUUUUGCCAUCUUCCAGAGAGACACUGACAGUUUCAUAUCUCACUUCUGUUUUAAAGCUUAUUUUCACUGAAGUUAAUCUGGGAGCUGCAGCUCUUUGCAUUAGCUGAUUACCAACCCAAACUGACAAAUGGCAGUAUUUGUAUGUCUACUGAUAGAGAUGCAUAUUACCGAACUGAAGUUUCAGUGUAUUCUAGAAGUAUUUUGUGCUUUGAAUUCACUGUGUACUGUUCCUUAUACUGUACAGAACUGGUGUGAAAGCAAGGUUUGUUUCUUGACUGUUGACAUUAAUGAUGUAAUUAUAUACCCUGGUGUGCGAUAUGUGAUAACUAUAUGCUAAAGCUUGGAAUCAUGCUUAUUCUUUUUCUUAGUCAAAUAAUGCCAGUUUUAUUUAUUUUGAGAAGAAUAAUACCUCUGUUCUACGUUGGGAUUUGUUUCACCUAGAAAUGUUUUCUGAAAUCUAAUAUACUAUGUUGGAGUUUGGAAAUAAAUGACACUAUGAAAUGGAAAUAA